UACUGCGUCUCAGUUUGUAUUUUUAUUUUUUAUUGAUUAAUUCUCACGUUGGACAAUAUUUACUGGGUUGCAGGGUAUGUAGGUACUAGCAAAACAUCAGAGAUGGCGAAUCCGAGGAAGUUCAGCGAGAAAAUAGCACUUCAUAAUCAAAAGCAAGCGGAAGAAACGGCUGCUUUUGAACAAAUUAUGAAAGAAGUUAUUGGAGCAACAAGAGGACCUAAACAUCAUCAUUUACACAUUAAUCAGUCACUCGGGGCAUAUCGGGCUGGCUCUUUACCCAAUGUGAAUCAGAUUGGUAAUAACAGCAUUGACCUUCAGAGUGCUUUAAAUAGUUUAGAAGACAUGAAGCAAGGUCGAGAAGUUUCAGCUGAUCGAAUGCACCGAGAAAGGGGGCGACAUUCAGUGCCACAUCAGAGUAGACGGUUUGCUUUUGAAAAUAAAAGGAUUGAUGUUUCACCGUAUAAUUCUUCUUAUCUGUCACCACCUCCUGACACAAACUGGAGAAGGACUAAUUCGGAUUCUGCCCUUCACCAAAGUGCCAUGAACACACAAGAAAAUUAUCAUGGUGCCAAUACUCCUCCAAAUAAUAGAAAUGUUGAUAUUGAUGGAAAUGCUGUUCAUGAAAAUGAUCAGCUAAAUAGUUAUUGGGACCCAAAAAAGCAACAACUUGUACCAACAUUGCAACAAUCAAGGCCAAAAUCUUGUGAAGUACCAGGAAUAAAUAUAUAUCCAUCUCAAGAUGAAAGUGGAUCUGUACAUGUGCCAAUUUCAAGUAACACAGGAUCCUUACCUGAUUUGACAAAUUUGCAUUUUCCACCUCCAUUAACAACACCCUUAGAUGUAGAGGAUCAAACAGGUCUUGUGAAUUCAUGUGUUCAAAUGCCCCAUUCUCCACCUAAUACUAGCACUUUGUCCCCAUCAUCAUUACAGCAUCAAACUCACAUUCUAGGUACUAGCCUGAGUGGGGGAACUCUCAUCACAACUUCCCCAAGUGGUGGAAGUAGGCAUUCAAGUCCAGGUCCAUCCCCUUCUCCCUCUUCUAGAAGACGUCACCACCAUAAUUUAACAAAUUUGGUAAUAGGAAGUGGUAGUCCACGUCAUCAUGGAUACCAGCACACUGUUCUUCAAAAUCAAGUACGUUACAAACCACAAGGCCAUAAUCAUCACCAUCAACAGCAACAACACCACCACCACCAUCACCACCAUAAUCGUUCUUGGAUAAAUAUGGAGGGCUUGACAAUGGAUACCAACGCUCUCUCACUUGAAACUUAUCCCCAGCAGACGCCACAGUUUGGAAUAUAUCCUCAGCAGCAGCAGCAGCCAUCUUCACAAACAAAAAAUGCUCAAACAUUUGGUUAUGAGCCAACUACACCAACUUCUCCAACUUUACCCCAGUUGCCAAUGGGCUCAUACCGAAGUACUAGUCCAGCAGAUCAUUCUUGUAGUGCUCCAACAUCUCCAGUCUCUCAUAGCCUUUCGCCAUCUAGCUCACCUGGUCUUGGUUCUAAUAAUACCUUAAGCAACAAUGCUUAUACAGAUUCAAAUUAUUAUGUUCAACACCAGCAAACCAAUGCUCUUCAGCAUCAACUUGAACAGUUCAAGAUGGUGGGUGACCUACAACUGUGUGAAUGCUUCUUCAUGAUGUCAGACAAUUGCUCCAACUCAAACAACGUUGGCUCACAUAAUAAUACUGCCAUGUUUCUGGCUACGGUAGAUAGUGGUGGAGGUGGAGGUCCAUCUGAUGGUGAUAUUUCUCUUCUGAAUCAGAGUGGACUUCAAUUUUCCAGUCAACUUUCACCAGGUCUGAACACUACUCAAGAAAUGGACAAUACUAUGUUGUACUCUAUAACAUCACUUGGAUCAGAUCCACAGUUACAGUCACCUACUCUUUACACUAAAUCUAGUGUUAUUUCAAGUCAUCAAACAACACCACAGACACCUCAAACUCCAACUAGUAUUCCAGAUAUAAUUUUAACAGGAGAACUUUCAAGUGAUCCUGAAUAUGAAUUGAGAGGAAGACUUGAGGCUUCACCAAGUGGUGAUGAGCCCAUUCUAAGACAGGACUUUGCUAAAGAAUUAGGGUGUGCAAUAUCAAACAUGUGUGGUUCAUUUGAUUCAGAGUUCUUUACACAUGAAGAAGCUUUAAGGGCAGGACUAGGACCCAUUGACUUUGAUGGAUUACAAAUAUUAACAGAUCCAGAUAUGCCCGUGGUCAGUGACCCUACAGCAGAAGACUCAUUUCACCUUGAAGGUUCAUAGUGAUAAGAGCUUUAAUGGAGCUAAGUAUGGGAAGUGUUUAUUUUUUCUUUUUGUAUUUUUACUCUCUGACAAAAGAAAACCCCAAACAAAACUGUGUUUCUGUGUUUCACUCAUUACAUUAAUAUCUCCAACAUAACAACGUGAUAAUCUAUAAAUGCAUUUUCAUCUUCCAUUCUUUAAAAAUGAUAUAAAAACACUAAAAAAAAAGCAUUUUUACUCAUGUUGAAACAAAACAAAAGUGACCUAACAAAGCAUCUUAUUCUUACUUGUAACCUGUACAGAAUCUUUUAUCACUCAUAGAGUGAAAAGCUGUAAAUGUCACCCAGAAAAUCUACUAAAGCCAAUUGCCAAGUAAUGGCACGUGUACAUAUCUGUAAAGUUGUAGAUCAUUUGAUCGUUAAUUAUAAAACACAAAGUUGAUGGUAUGAUUGACAACCUGCAGUUGCUAGUAUUAUGUAACUAUUAACAGAACCAUGAAAUGGCCUCGAAACAUACUGUAUAGUGGACUGAUUUGUACAAAUUUAAUGUGUGUUCAGGUGAAAUCAAAUUCCAUCUGUAAUUAAGCAUGUCAUGUCCCAUUUUAUUGUAGUGUAUGGUGUUUGACUUUUGUUUUUAAAAUAUUUCUAUUUGCUCAUGUAAGUUUUAUGUUUAUGCAUGGUUUUGUGAUAUCAGUACAGCAAUCUAUUCUAAAAAAAAAUUUAAAAAGGAGAAGAAAUCAAAUUAUCUUUACUGCAUGUGAUUUUGCAUCUUGUUCAAUGAUAAAUGUUAUCAUGGUUGGAAAUAAGAAGUAAUUAAUCAUGUCCCUGCUAUGUCCUCAGUAUUUUAUUAGAUUUUUCAUGUUUCUUUGUUGAUAUUAGCUUAUUCAUAAUGAUGUAUGCAAUAUAAGAUUUUGGAUUUUAAAUGUUUUUAAAGUCAAAUUGUUCUUAAGUUUAUUAAAAAUGGGCGGGAAAGAAUUUUGCAAUUACAAUUCUUUUAGUUUUUUUGAAAAUUGAAAUUUUUUGAACUUAGUAAUUUAAGCAAAUAAAAAAAAAUGUAUCAAUAAAAAAACCCUUUAAAUGUCUUAUAAUAUUUUGAUAAGACAUCAUAAAUAUUCACAAAAAGUGUUGAUUUUCAGAAAUAUAUUUCUAUACUUGAAGCUGUUAAAGAUGGUGCUUACUGACAUCUCUGAUAAAAAAUCAUACAAAAAUCUGACACCUCUGAUGCUAACACACACUUAUGUUUUAGAUUUUUUUCCCUGCCCUUUGAAAUAAAGUAUUUUUAUUUAUCCAUGCCUUUUGAAAAACUUAUUCCAUGCCCAUGUCUUUUUUUUUUUCCCGGAAGAGAAACGAAUAACUCUUCAUCAAUUUUUAAAGAAUGAUCUUUGUAAUUUGGAAAAAAGUCAGUUGACUUUAACACAAAUAAGUUUUGAAACUUUGAUUAUCAGUAUGACUAAUGAUUUGAACUAACAUAAUACAGUUGAUUUGAUUAAAAUUUUUUUUCAAUUUUAGAAACAUGAAAAAUGCCGAAGAAUACCCAUUAGCAUUAUUUUUAAAUACAUUUUUUUCAUUGUGCAGAUGAAAAACAAUUAAUAGUGCGUUAUUCACAUAAUUCUCGUAAAAAAUUGUUGCACAAUUUCUUUAACCUAAAUUUUUUUCCUAUUUUCCAAAAUAAUUAAUUUUGUCAUUAAAGUGAAGGCCUUUUUUUUUCUUCUUGAAUUAAAUUAGAUAUAUGACUUUAUUUAUACUUUUAGGCUUUUUAAUGUUGCAAGUAAUGAUUUUUUUUUUCACAUUGUAUUUUUUUUUAAUUGAAAGAUCUGCUACUAAAAGAAUUUUUCUGUGGUUUCAAGAUUUGUCAAGAAUGUUUACAUUUCCCACUUUUAAGAAUUAUAAAUAAUUUUCCAACCCUGAUAUUUAAGUUUUUAAAAUCAUUAGACCAUUAUUGAUGUUUGCCUUUGAUUCACUGAAAUGUGCUUCAAAUUGAAGCACUUGUAUAUAUUUUGAAAUUUUUCUUAUCCAGAAUAUAUAUACAUACAUAUAUAUAUAUAUAUAUACAUAUGACAUUAUAUUUUUAAUUCUGCAUUUACUGAUUAUUACACUCUUUAAUAUGCUGACUCAAAAAUCUUUAGAUGGUAUCUAAAUGCAGUUUUUAUACUUGUGAAAUAUUAUUUGAUACUUCACUCUUAGCAGCAUUUUAAAAAUGCAGUUUGACAACCACUUUCUUGUGCCCACUUUUUAAAAUCUAUUGUACACGUGUAAUGCUAUUUCUAUUUGUUUGAUUAUUUUGAAGUUGCUUAGUAAUAUUAUUUUUAAUUGUUUAUACUUUCAUUAAAUUUAAUAAAAGCCAAUUCCAAACUUUUCAUAUAUCUGGCAUUUUUUAAAUGCUUAUUCUCAUGAUCACUGAGCAGCAGUUUAAUUUUCAGAGGAAUUAAGUUUUGUCUCUACUGCAUAAUUCCACACAUGCAAUGUGCCAAAUUAUUUGAAUUUUGUUUGAAAUAUGUACCAACUUUAUUUAGUGUUAUGGAGUACUUUUAUAUGUACAUAAUAUAUGAAUUGUUGAAAAUUAUUUGUCAUAUUGUUAUUUGAAAUGAAAAAAUAAAGUUAAUUUUUCGUGAAUGUUUUAAAAUUUGUUUGCUUAUUAUUAUAAUAUUGUUAAAAAGUAUUUGAAAUCAAAAGGAAACUUUUAAUUUAUGAAUUUCUUGAUUAUGAAGGUACUUUUUUAGAUGAAAAUUGUAUUAUUGAUUUUCAUUUCUCUCCAAAAUAUAUUUGAUGUUGUAUAUUAUUGACUGUUCUAACUUUAAUUCUACUAUUCUGUCUAA